AUGUGGCUACAGAAACAGUAUGCCUAUGUUCCUGUCGCACCGCCGAGAAAGACCAGUUCUGCUGGAUCUCAAGCAGAGAGACGUGAGCUCCAUGAAGGACUGACAGUUGAGGAUGGUGACCUUGUGCGUGGGCAACUCUCCGUUGGCAACCGUCCUUAUAUUACAAUCGACAUGGGCGGGACGAAUAAAAAUCGUGGGACUGUUUGGCUGGCUGCAUGUCUCAAUUCAUCCACAAACGCCAUCAAAACACGGGAGAAAUUCCUACCGUUCGCCUUUACCUUCUCCUUUCCAGUGACUCAACCAAGCAUCCGAAGUGGUAUCCUGCAAAGAUGGACGUGGGAUUUUGAUGUAGACGGGGUCGAAGACGAAGAUGUUGUUCCUCAACUCGAAAGAGCUUUUGCGAAGCGAUCAAAGUUCCAGCAUGUACCGGUGAGCAUAGUUGCUGUUGUCAAAGAUACCACCGGGACACUUGUUGCGUCUGCAUAUAAAGAACCAAAUAUCAAAAUCGGCAGUAUCUUCAGCACUCGUGAAUUCGGCACAUAUGGAACCAACGCGGAACACGGUGCCUUUGACAAUGCAAAGGAGGUCUUGCCACGGACUUGGUUUGAUUGCUCUAUCGACGAAAACUCUUCACGACCAGGCCAACAAUUGUAUGAGAAGAUGGUGGCCGGCUUGUACAUUGGAGAGGUACUUCAUCUUGUCCUUCUCGACCUUCACGGGCUUAACCUUAUGUUCAAAGGACAAGAUGGGUCAUUGCUCCGUGGCAAAACUACAAUCGACUCGCUGUUCUUGUCGACCGUCGAAGAAGAUACAUCCGAUCGUUGCAUGACAUUUCGUUCAUCUUCAACAAAACUCUCAACAUUAAACCGCUCGCCUUGGAUCGCAAGUGACCCGUUAUCUGACUGA